AUGAACAAAGAUGAUCAGGGAGACAACAAAGAAGAAACUGAGAGCAUCAAUGACUCAAUCAUGGCAGCCCUCAACUCUAUCAAGACAGGGCAGUCAAAUGAUGAGGACUCUUGGGUUGUGGUGGAUCAGAUGGGUCCUGCAACAGAGGAUGAGCUCAAUGAGCAUGAGCUCCCACAGGCAUGGCACACAAUGGCAGCACAAAGAGAGGGAGCCAUUGAGUGUGUGAAGACCAAGAUCAACAGGAAGUGGUAUGAGCAAAUGCAGCAGAACAACAUCACUGAAUGCACAAUGGAAGACAUACUCCAUAUGCAACAUCAACCACCCUUCAAUCACAACACCCUCACCAAUAGCGUCCACAUGCUUAGUGAGGCUGGCCAGUGGUGCAUACAUGGGUGA